AUGGCGACUCCUAAAACUGUGGGUCUGCAAUUAGAAUUUGAUCCAAAAAUUCAUGACUGGACUGUGCACAUCAAUCGUCUCGAACAGUUUUUCGUGGCGAACACAAUAACAGACAGUGAUAUUAAACGUGCAAUUCUGUUAAAUGGAUUGUCUCAAGAGGCAUAUAUCCUUCUUCAAAAUCUUUGCGUGCCAAGAAAACCACAAGAAAAUGUCUACGAGGAAGUCGUUAAACUGUUGAACGAGUACUACUGUAGGAAAACCAACGUUUUUGCUGAAAGAUGCCAGUUUUAUGCGGCAAGAAAAUCUCCGAACGAGAACAUUCAAGACUGGGCAGUGAAGCUUCGCAGUUUGUGUGUGAAAUGCGAGUUCGGUGAUCAAUUGAAACAUAUUCUCCGUGAUAAGUUUAUAUGUGGUUUGAAUCCGGGAAAAAUAAUGGACAAAAUGUUGAGUGAGUGUCGGGCUACGACAACAUUCGAAGAGGCCGUCAGUUUGGCUACAGCAGCUGAAAUUACAUGGAGAAAUCAAGAUGAAAAUGCCGAUCCAUCAUUUAUCAGAGAAGAACCUCGGGAAAUCUACCGGGUACAAGGGACUCCCCCGCGCAGAGAGGUACAACGCAGCGCAGCGAGAGCGCGUUCCAGCGCAGUCGUGCCUGCCAGAAACCGAGAGGUGGAUUGGUGUUCCAUUUGCGGUAGGGGUAAACAUCCAGAAAGUAAAUGUUUCUUUAAAAACAAGGAACAACAACCAAGGUAUUGCGCUCAUUGUAGUACUAAAACUCACAACACGUCGAAUUGUAGGAAUAAAAAGGAAAAAGUUUAUAAUGUACAACUUGACCAUUCAAAUGAAAAUUGUGAUAUAGAAGAAUUUCCAAUAUUUACUGUAGAAUCAAAUGUUUCGAAUCCAAUGACAAUUGAAGUUCUUUUAAACAAUAAGUUAUUUAUUUUAGAAUUAGAUUCUGGCGCUGCAGUUUCUUGUUUACCAUAUUCAGUUUAUCAAAAAUAUUUUGAAUAUUAUACACUAAAUCCUACUAGUAUUACCUUGAUAAAUUUCACAGGAGGAAGAAUUUCUCCCCUUGGAAAAAUAAAUAUCGAAGUUAAGUACAAUAAUGAAAUCAAAUUUAUAGAAUUUUGUGUUAUCAAAGAAAGUACUGUUGCAAUUUUGGGUCGUGAUUUCAUAUCUGCUUUCAAUAUAAAAUUUCAAGCUGUAAAUCACAUAGCUAAUAAUAAUACAUGGAUAGAGAAAUUGAAAUUGAAAUUUCCAGAUGUUUUUACUGAUAAAAUUGGUUGUUUUAAUAAAUUCAAAUUGAAAUUGUUUCUGGAAGAAAAUUCCGUUCCUAAAGUUUUCAAGGCAAGGCCACUGCCAUAUGCUCUUAAAGAAAAGGUCGAAAGGGAACUGAAUAGGUUAGUUGACAUAAAUAUCCUAACACCUAUCGAACAUAGUGAUUGGGGUACACCAAUUGUACCAGUUCUCAAAGAAGAUGGUUCUGUCCGCAUUUGCGGGGAUUACAAAUUAACUUUGAACCCUGUUUUAAAUGACGAUAAAUAUCCAAUUCCGAGAAUUGAUGAUUUAUAUGCUAAAUUAAAUGGUGGUCAACAAUUUUCUAAAAUAGACUUGAGCACAGCGUAUCAACAGAUAGAACUUGAAAACGAAUCGGCGGAAUUAACGGCAAUAUCGACUCAUAAAGGUCUAUUUUUUUAUAAUAGGUUACCAUACGGUAUAAAAUGUGCACCAGGAAAGUUUCAGAGAAUUAUGGAUCAACUUUUCGGUGAUAUGGAAGAUGUUUGCGUAUUUCUUGACGAUAUACUUAUAACGGGUAAAAAUGUGUAUUUAGUGAAAGUUUACAACACCGAUUUGGUUUGGAAAAGACAUCAGAAUCAACUGGUCAGUUUUGAUAUAUCCAAUGUCGGAGAUAUAGAUUCUAGUUUCGACGAUAAUGAUGAAGUUGCCAAUGAUUCUUAUGAUCACUGUAAUAAUGAUGUUUCAAAUGAGCAUUGUUUGGAAAAUGGUAUCAGUGAUGAAUUGCCGAGCGAUGUUGACGGUAAAGUUGGUAAAGGUUUGGGCGGCAAAGGUGGAGCCAAGCGUCAUAGGAAAGUACUACGAGACAACAUCCAAGGUAUCACCAAACCCGCUAUCAGGAGAUUGGCUAGGCCUGGAGGUGUCAAGCGUAUUUCUGGUCUCAUUUACGAAGAAACUCGUGGAGUGUUGAAGGUGUUCCUGGAAAAUGUAAUCAGGGACGCUGUCACAUAUACCGAACAUGCAAAGAGAAAAACUGUUACCGCCAUGGACGUUGUAUAUGCCCUCAAACGUCAAGGACGUACAUUGUACGGUUUCGGCGGUUGAAUGAGUCAUUAUUCAGGUUGUAGUAUAAACGGUCCUUCUCAGGACCACAA